CGCGCAGAGCCGCGUGCGCUUUCCCGUAGCGCAUCUAACAAAACACUCAGAUCUACUCUGGAUAAUUACUUUUUGCGCAUCGGAUGGAAAGAAGCUAAACUGUUUGGGAUAACAAGCAUCAAUGUGCCCAUGAUGGAUAACUCUUAUCUCGAAAGCAUGAGUGCGCAUCACCAAAGGACAUUGACAGCGCGAGCGCUCCUUGUAUCCGCGUAUCAGUGCAUUGUUGAAACUACUUAACGCAACGUGUACUUAAUUCUUGAAACGCUAAAUUUGCUGUCAGAAAUGAUGGACUCAGCAUGGAUGUAACUCAGUCCAAUGCAACGGAGAAAGAUGGCAACAUCACCAGCAUCCCCAAACACACACAGACUGGCGCCGCGUUUAUCAUACUCGUGGUGUCCGUCAUAAUAUUAGUGACUAUAGUUGGAAAUGUCUUGGUCGUCGUGGCCAUUCUGACCAGCCGUGCGCUUCGUGCGCCACAGAACCUUUUUCUCGUUUCGCUCGCGUGCGCGGACAUCCUCGUGGCCACGCUGGUGAUCCCGUUUUCCCUCGCCAACGAGAUCAUGGGAUACUGGUACUUUGGCAGCACCUGGUGCGCCUUCUACCUGGCUCUGGACGUCCUUUUUUGCACGUCAUCCAUCGUUCACCUGUGCGCCAUAAGUUUAGAUCGAUACUGGUCCGUCACCAAGGCUGUGAGCUACAACUUGAAGAGAACACCAAAGCGCAUCAAAUUCAUGAUCGCGGUGGUGUGGGUGAUAUCUGCCGUCAUCUCCUUCCCGCCUCUUAUCAUGACUAAACAUAACGAGAACGAAUGUUUAAUAAAUGACAAGACUUGGUACAUCCUCUCCUCGUGCAUGGUGUCAUUUUUCGCGCCUGGGUUUAUUAUGAUCACAGUGUACUGUAAAAUCUACCGGGUCGCCAAGCAGCGCUCGUCCACCGUAUUCGUGGCCAAGAACGGAUUGGAAAGACAACCUUCCCAGUCCGAGACCUGCUUUGUUAGGAAGGAUAAGUUUGAGAAGGAGAGUCCGAGUAGUCAGAGCUCAGAAAGCAACCAGAGAGAGGAACUGGAUGACAUUGACUUGGAGGAGAGCGCGUCGUCUGACAACAAAACCAAAAGCUCGCGUUUCUCCAAGCGCAGGAGGGUGGACGGCGCGCGCUGCUGCCCUCAGCAGCCCUGCCGAAUUUCCUGGGUUUCCACUCAGGAGCAGAACAACAGACGACUUACUGUGGUCUCCAAAUCCAAAGUAGCUCAGAUGCGAGAGAAACGAUUCACGUUCGUUCUGGCUGUGGUGAUGGGGGUCUUUGUCCUUUGCUGGUUUCCAUUUUUUUUCACAUAUAGUCUUCAAGCCAUCUGCGGAACAAGUUGUGUGGCUCCAGAAGGGCUUUUCAAGCUCUUCUUUUGGAUAGGUUACUGCAACAGUUCAGUGAAUCCCAUCAUUUACACCAUCUUCAACAGGGAUUUCAGAAAAGCUUUUAAGAAAAUCAUUUGCCUGACUGCAAAACGCACAUGAGAGACGUUACACAAUAACAUAAAAUCUACAGUGGCCUCAAAAAUAUUUGGAUACUUAAAAAUUGGAUUAGAUACCAAACCAAGUUCAUUUUUUUGUGAUUCAAAUGAUUUUUACAGUUUAUUUACAUUUGGGAAUAUUGUAUAGGUAUUCCACAAUGUUUGUCCCAGAAAUUGCUGUGUUUGGUUACCAAGGAGACAAAGGUGUCAGUAAAGAACCUGAUUAAAUAUGAAAAAAUUAAAUUCCACUUAAAUUGUAUCAUAUGUCCAUUUUAACCAAACUGCUAAUUUGUUAAAGGAUGCAAUAUUCGUGAUUUAUUUUUAUUUUUAUUUGAAGUACAUAAAAUGAUACUUAUGAAAUUGGCCUUUGCAGAACAAAACAGUUUGUCAUUUCACUGCCAUUUUACUGUAAAAAUUAUAUUUUCACAACCAUCUUUCCAUCAUAGAAUGCAAGUGAACACAAAAGCAGCAUGAGUUGAGGUGAAAAUAAUAUUUGCUGGUUCAGGAAAAUAAUAGUUGAGUACAAUAAGAAAAAAAUAUCAAAAUUCAGCACUGUUUUGAGGAUAUAUUGAUUUAUUACAGGCAUAUUUUUGCUAUCCUGAAAAAUAGGUUUGUAUUUUUUUUAUUCAAACACAAUGACUAAAAGUGUGGCUAUAGUAUCCAAAUACCUUUCAGGGCCAUUGUGUUUUAAAUGUAGAUAUUUUGUAAAAAAGUUUAUUUGAAAUACAUUAUUAACAUUAUUGUAAAUGUUAAAUGUAUAAAAUGUAAAUGUUGAAUGGUGUUUACUAUAUCUGUUUCAUGUUUUUCCUGACUCAUUGUUAAAAGUGGAAAAUAAUGUUAAUUUUUUAAAGAUUGUUAUGCGUGUAUGCUGAUGUUGUAAUCAGUAUGUGCAGAAAUUAUUCACAAAAUGUGGUAGUUAAAUGAAACUCACAUACAUGUAUAUAAAAUCUGUGCAGUAAAGAAUAUUUUUAAGGGCUUGAGGGGUCUCUUGUGACAGAACCCCUGUACAUGGUGCUGAAGGUUCAUACUGGCCACCCCCAAUUUAAUAACCUUUUCCAAAACUCUGUCAUAAGAAACCCUUACUGUUUGGAUCGAAGUCAUAUCAGUAAAAAUCUGAAAUUUAUUCAUUUACAAUAACUUGCUGCCAAAGCAACCCAAUCUUUAGCUCAGUAUGGCUCUACAGUCAGGAAAUUAUUUUAUCUUAAAAACUGUAUAAAAAUCAAAUGCAAAACUUACAUUAAGAUAUGGUAGAAGUUAUGGGGUGAUCCAUCAUGUUUUGUAUCUAAAUAAAGUCUGACAGAAUCUUCUGUGUUUAUCCAGAAGGCGUAAUGUGUUUUGUCUAAAACUUGAAUAAACAGUUUAAUCAAAGCAUACUACCGAGUAGAUUAUAAAAAAACAACAAAGUCAUACUUCAUUUACUUCAUUCAUACCUACAGUAUAUGAAUCUCAUCAUCCAGAAUGCAGUGCAGGUGUUCUGUCACAUACCAAUAAGGUCUGUUUCCUGGGACCUCUGGCUGCUGAAUAUAAAAUAGAUAUUGAUUGACAAACAAUCUGUGAAGGUGUGUGAAUUUUUUAUGCCAUGCAUCCCCCCAGCAGCACAUUCAGGAUACAUUGUACAU